GCUGCGCGCGCGGGGGCCGCGAGCGCGUUACGGAGACUGUGACGCGCCUUCUUUUUUUUUGCGUUUUUAUGAAUGGAGGGGGAGCUCGCGCCGCCCGGGCUGCUAGUGUAACCAGCAGGGGGACAUCGGGGGCUCAGUGAGGUCCGGUUCCCAGUGCGUGUGACGCCGGGACUCGGCAGCGCCGUACUUUUUAACUAACAUACCUCUAAAAUGAUUAAUUAGGGUCGUCGGAAGAACAUGAUUCUCGCCAUCUCGGUCGCCGAUCUCCAUCGCAUAUAACUAAGAUCUCGACUGGCCAUUUGUGAGGAUAACCGAAUCGACAAGACAGACACGGACGUGGGGAAUGGCCGCCUGUUUGUCGGCAGAGGAGGAGCAGGCCACAAAGCAGUUUCUGGAGGAGAUCAAUAAGUGGACCACACAGCAUGGGGUCUCUCCCUUGUCCUGGAAUGUGGCUGUCAAGUUCCUCAUGGCUCGAAAAUUUGACGUCCUCCGAGCCAUCGAGCUCUUCCACAGCUAUAGGGAGACUCGUCUCAAGGAGGGCAUCAUCAAGCUGCAGCCCCAGGAGGAGCCUCUGAGAUCCGAGCUGUUGAGUGGGAAGUUCACUGUGCUGGACGCCCGUGACCCAGCCGGGGCCUCCAUCGCCCUCUACACUGCCAAGCUGCACCACCCCAACAAGUUGGGAAACCAUGUGGUCCUGCAGGCCCUCUUCUACCUGCUGGACCGGGCUGUGGAGAGUUAUGAGACGCAGAGAAAUGGCCUUGUGUUCAUCUACGACAUGGCUGGCUCUAGCUACACCAACUUCGAGCUGGACCUCAGCAAGAAGAUACUGAAUCUCCUCAAGGGGGCGUUCCCAGCCAGGCUGAAGAAGGUGUUCAUCGUGGGAGCACCGGUGUGGUUCCGUGUGCCAUACAACCUGCUGAGCCUGCUGCUGAAGGAGAAGCUGAGAGAGAGGGUCCAAAUGGUAAAGAUGGCCGACCUCAGGCAGCACCUACCUCAGGAUUGCCUGCCCCAACACUUGGGCGGCUUGCUGGUCCUGGACGCAUGUGGCUGGAACCGGCAGCUGCUGGCAGGCCAGAACGGCUGCGUGGACCCGGUGGACGAGCUGGUGGGCUUGCCCCCACGCAACGUCUCCAUCCACACCCCUGGCUCUGAUGCCAUGAACCUGGCCGAACUGGCAGCUCACGUGGCCCGGGUUCAACGCGUUGGCAUCUACCAGGAGUACAAGGACAUCCGAAAGGAGAUGCCAUCUGGAACCUUCCACUGUGCCAUGACUCCUGUGAACCAGGAGAGGAACCGUUAUGGGGAUGUCCUGUGUCUUGACCAAUCCCGAGUCCACUUGAAGCCAAGGAUGGGAGAGAUUUCUGACUACAUUAAUGCCAGCUUUAUAGACGGAUACAAGCAGAAAAAUGCCUACAUCGGCACUCAAGGACCUUUGGAGAAAACUUACAGCCAUUUCUGGAGGAUGGUCUGGGAGCAGAAUGUUCUGGUCAUGGUUAUGACGACAAGAACAGAAGAGGGGGGGCGCCAUAAGUGCGGUCAGUAUUGGCCACCAGAAGAGGGGGGCCAGGAGGUCUAUGGCCAUAUCGCCGUCGUAAACCAGCGAGUGGACCGGCAUUCCCACUACAAUCAGACCACGCUGGAGCUGCACAACACCGAGAACUGUGAGCAGAGGCAAGUCACCCACUUCCAGUACCUCAGCUGGCCGGACUACGGUGUUCCCACCUCCGCCGUCACUCUCAUCGACUUCCUGGGCACUGUGAAGCGACAGCAGAGGGCAGCUGUCAAGGCCGCCCAAUCACGGUGGAACCUUAGUGAAGGACCGCCCAUGGUCGUCCACUGUAGUGCUGGGAUUGGCAGGACAGGGACCCUGUGUGCCCUGGACAUCUGCCUGUCCCAGCUGCAGGAUGUGGGCACGCUGAACAUCUGGCAGACGGUCCACCACAUGCGCACACAGCGGGCCUACAGCAUCCAGACAGCAGAGCAGUACUACUUCUGUUACUCUGCCAUCCUGGAGCACGCUCGGGGGCGGGACCUGCUCUGAGGCAGUCGGUGAGGCCGCUGCACUAAGGGGAGGCUGGGCAUCCGGCCGGGCCAGCAGCGACGGUGCCGAUGGGAUCCCCAACUGAACAAAACAUAACUGACUGCAUACAGAAAGGUGACCUUCCUCUCUGGAUCCCAGUUGGGCUGGUGACAAGACCACCAGUUAAAGGUCCAUGACCUUCACUUGAAUGAGAACACCCAGACUUCAUUAGGCUCUCUCUCUUUCCCCCCCCCCCCCCAUUAUUAUAGUCCGAGUAUUCUGAGUAUUCUGUGAAGUACUGUACAGCUAAUUAUUGAAGUGUUUAAGGUACUCAUUGCAGUCUAAUUGGUCUCUAUCAUGGUAAACACGCACCUUCACAUCAUCUCAGCGGGGGGUUGCUUUCCAGUUCCUGCAAAGCUGUUGCUGGAUAAUGUGUCAAUAUUGAGUCUUUAGCUGGGUGCUUUAUCCUGAUACCCUGAUACAAUGUCCUGAUAAUUGUCAGCAAUUAGCACUUCAUUUCAAGACCUUAAAGAUCUGAUUAGUUGUGGCCCGCUCCAGGCCAAUGGGGAGACCUGACCGAACUUGUGAAGAUACCUCUUUUUUUUUUUUCCCCCCAGUAAAAUAGUUGACUGCUUAAUAUGCAGGAAGCAUUCAAGGGAAAACUGGGUCAGGAUUUUCUGUUUAUCAGCAGUGUCAUGAUAUUUUCACCGACGACAGCAGGGAAAAACUAUGCUGAAAUGAAGGAGGGAGUAAAGCAGCUGUAUUGUUUUGUAUGUAUGUAUCUAUGUAUGUAAAUCCUUGCAGAUGGUUUUGUGAGCACAUUCUCCUGUCCACCGCCUAGCCAAUGCUAUAUAUAUAAGGGCCUGAAUGUUAUAAGUACAAUCCAAGUAUUUUUAAAAGCUUCCUAUCCAAAGAUUGCUUAAUGGUUUCAGUAACCAGUGCAUACUCAAUGCAUUAUGUCAAAAAUGCCUUCUGUCCCACACUGAUCACAUUCCACGACAGUUCUGUGACCAGCCCAUUUCCAUAAAGACCAUUUCGUUUGCUCUUGUUUUUAAUUUUGAAAUAUUUUUAAAUAGAUUUGUGAAUAAGUAACCAGUGUCUUGCCGGGGUAAUAACAUUGUAGCAAUAGAAUUCAACUGAUCUUGAAUUUGUGUUUGUUAGUACAGCUAUUUUGAGACCACCUCCCCUGAAUCAGGAAGUUGCUCAUUCACCAAGGUGACCGAGGCUGUGGUUAUGGGUCUUCCUCUCCUGCCAGAGGAGCUGUGGAUGGCUGUCUUCAGAGGGACCGUCCAGUCCCUUUUCGAAAGAUUUAAAACCUCCUGGGAUCUCUCUCUGGCUCUUGGCAGCAAUGCAUUCCAUUCUGUCAUUCCUACCUGACAUUCUGCUGCUGAAUUCAUAUUCAAAUUGCUUGUAGUUCUGUAGCUCACAGAACUUUUCUUUGACUCCUCUGCACUCAUAUUUCAUCUACAGCACAAACUGAGUAAAUCCCAUUUUAUCAUUUACUUCACGGGUUUUCAUUCUAAUUUUUACUUAACUUAUAUUUUAACAUUUUCUGGUAUAACUAAUAUUUCUGUAUGAUCAUUAUGAAACAAUCAAAUUUGAUAUACUUGCUUUAUAUUUACCCUUGUAUUUUUAUAUGGUUUUUGUUUUAUGGCAAAGUUCUUUGUUUUGUCAGUAAUAUUUAAGUAGUAGGUCCUCAUUGAACUGUCUAAUCCCCAAAAGAAGUCGAAAAAUAAGGUUUAAACUCAUUAAAUGGAAAAGUUAUCCCUUCA